AUGCAGCCGGAUGGCAUCCAACGUGCGCUGGGGCCAACAUCGACCUGGCAUAGGUUAACAACGCCCGCUCGAGCGCAGGGCUACGGGCACUCAGCGAACUCGCCCGCCAGCUGGCCCACGUUAGGCGUUCACAGCGCGGUGGGCGCGGUCACUGGCGUGGCAGUGGCCCGCUCUCGGCGAGGCACGCCAGGCAGCAACAGGUGGGCUCGCUGUGCAGCGCCGGACGCCAGCAAAGAUUCUGGCACAGGCAAAGCGCUGAUAUCUCGGCUGCUGCGAGAGUUUCGGGAGCAGGCGCAGCCGCGGCUGUUGAUCCCGGCCACGGUGAUCUCCAUGUCGCUGGCCGGCGUGGCGUCCUUCAGGGCAUGCCUUACUGGCCGCCUGCUGGACAUUGCCUUGGGCAUCGCGCAGACGGGGACUGGCGAUGCCGCGCGAGCCCUUGCGCCGCUUGCAGGCCUGUAUUUGGCAGCAGCGCUGUACGGAUACAUUGCCAACGUGUUCCAGAGCAUCCUUUUUGCUUUGGCCAGGUGGAAGAUGUCCAUGCUGAUGAGGCAGAACCUCUUCAAGGCGCUGAUGCGGCAGGAGGUGGCCUUCUUUGAGCAGAACUCCAGUGGGGCGCUGGUGUCCAGGCUGACAAAUGAUACGGAUCAGCUGCAGAAUGUGUUGAAUCGCGCACCCGAGACGCUGGUGACAAACUUGAUGCGUUUGACUGUAUCUCUGGUCCUCAUGGCGCAGCAACACAAGCUGCUGACCAUGGCCAGUGUGGCACACAUGCCCCUGGCCUUUCUCCUUGUCAAGAAGACCGGCCAGGUGGUUGGACGUUAUGGCCUGCUGCAGAACGACGCAUUGGCGCGGGUGAACGGCGUCGCCUCUGAGGCCAUCGCGAACGUGCGAGCCGUGCAGCUCGCCGGCGCUGAAUCCACAGAGACGAAGGAGUACGACAGCGCAACCCAGAACUACCUGGAGGUGAUCCAGCAAACUGUCUACAAAGAGACGGCACUGAGAUUCCUUUCGACACUUCUGAAUGACGCACUGGCCGAUGUCCCACUCUUAUGCUUGUCGUGCUGGUUCAUUGCAAAGGGCGAGCUGACGAUGGGCCAGUUCUACGCCUACAGGACACUGCUUUGGAGCUACCGCCGGGGAUUCCGCGAGCUGGCAGAUCUAUUUACAGGGAUCUCUCGUGCACAGGCGGUUUCCAGAAGAUACUUCGAUCUGAAAGACCGGGAACCCCGGGUGCGCUCAGAAGCCAAUGCUUUGCCAUUGCCAAAGUCCGCAGUGGAAGGGCAUCUGAAGCUGGAUGGCGUCUCAUUCCACUACGCGGAUCAGGACAGCUGGGAGCUCCAGGAUGUUAGCUUCUGCGUGGAGCCGGGGGAGGUGGUCGCAUUGGUGGGCGCCAGCGGCGCCGGCAAGUCUACGGUGCUGAAGCUUUGCGCGCGCCUGGCAGACCCGCAGGAGGGCUCUGUGCAGCUGGACGGAAAGGAUCUCAGGGAGCUCAACCUGCAGGACGGCUGA